CGGCGCGGCACAAACGACUCGAUCGAGUGACUGAGUGACUGAUCGAGGGGCUAAUAAAAACUCCAGAGCUGUCGCAGCUCCAACAGUCCCCAAACAGUCCCCAACAGCAGCAGCAGCGCCAAGCGUCAACACUUGCGCUUAUCUGCUGGCAUAUAAACUAAAGUCGGUGGAAACGAAUUUCUCAUUUGAAAUUUAACAGCCCAUGUGAACGCGCGCGGAACACAAUAUACCGCAAAACUCGAUCGCAACGUUCUCCCCCACUCUCUCUCUCUUAUUCUUUGUGUAUUUGUUGUAUGUGUGUGAUGUAAAGUGUGAAAAUUUCGAGAAAAAAAUUCAAAUAAAAUAAAAUCAAAAAGAAAUAUUAAAAAUAAAGGGAAAUCCAAAGAAGUGCGUCAACACACAGAGUUCCUUCAGUUGCUUUACCAUACUCAUUCCGUGCGGUUCUUCAUAUAAAGCGCGUGUUCUUCAUCCGUGUCUGUGCCCAAGUGUCUCUGUGUUUGGCCAACGAAAAGUGUUUGGAGGAGUAUCAAGCGAGGAUCAGCAGGAUCGGCAGAGUACUCUCUUGUGGGUGUUAUUUUAACCCGUAACCGUGGCGAAAGAAUUGGCUAAUUUAUUAACUUUACAAAAUAACAAUCCAAACAUGACACAACAACCGCAAUGGGGCAUAAGUUUAUCACGAUUUUUUAUAAUACCACAGCGUGUGAUAUUGGCCAUCAUGGGCUUUCUGGCCAUCCUGAAUGCCUACACGAUGCGUAUUUGUCUCUCGCAGGCAAUCACAGUGCUGGUGGUUAAAAAGAAUGUGACAGGUGACGAUAGCGAUACCGCCAUUUGUGAAGCUGAUGAUCUAGAUGAUGGUGCAAAUUCCGGAGGCGAAUAUGAAUGGUCGGAAGAGCUGCAGGGCCUAAUUCUAUCAUCUUUCUAUAUUGGUUAUAUUGUCACACAUAUUCCUGGCGGUCUAUUGGCUGAGAAAUUCGGCGGCAAAUGGACUUUGGGUCUGGGCAUCCUGUCUACAGCCAUCUUCACCAUGCUAACACCCUUGGCCAUACAGCAAGGAGGUUCCGAUUGGUUAAUUGUGACUCGUGUUUUGAUGGGUCUGGGCGAAGGUACCACAUUCCCCGCUCUAAGUGUCUUGCUUGCUGCCUGGGUGCCAGCCAAUGAACGUGGUAAAUUGGGCGCCUUGGUCUUGGGAGGUGGUCAAGUGGGCACUAUUAUGGGUAAUCUGUUAUCUGGUGUAUUUCUUGAUGAAUAUGACUGGCCAUUUGUGUUCUACUUCUUUGGCGGUCUGGGCGUUAUAUGGUUCUUGAUCUUUAUUCUGUUGUGCUUCAGCGAUCCUACCAGCCAUCCAUUUAUCAAGCCCAGCGAACGCGAAUAUUUGGUUAAAGAAAUUGGCAACAUUGGACGCAAUAAGAGUCUGCCACCCACACCCUGGAAGGCCAUUCUGACGAAUCUGCCUAUGUUUGCCUUAGUCUGUGCACAGAUUGGUCACGAUUGGGGCUUCUAUAUCAUGGUCACCGAUUUGCCCAAAUAUAUGGCUGAUGUCCUGCAAUUCUCCAUUAAGGCCAACGGCUUGUACUCCUCAUUGCCCUAUGUGAUGAUGUGGAUUGUGUCGGUGGGCAGUGGUUUUGUGGCCGAUUAUUUGAUCCGUCGCAACAUUAUGAAUACGACAAAUACCCGUAAAGUGAUGACAGGUUUGGCUGCCUUUGGACCUGCUAUAUUCAUGGUGGGUGCAUCCUAUGCUGGCUGUGAUCGUACUCUGGUUGUGGUUCUCUUUACCAUCUGCAUGGGUCUGAUGGGUGCAUUCUAUGCGGGCAUGAAACUGACUCCUCUAGAUUUGAGUCCCAACUAUGCCGGUACACUGAUGGCCAUCACAAACGGAAUCGGGGCCAUUACGGGAGUGAUUACGCCAUAUCUGGUCGGAGUGAUGACACCAAAUGCCUCGCUUUUGGAAUGGCGAACAGUAUUCUGGGUGGCCUUUGCCGUACUCUUUGUCACCGCCAUUGUCUACUGCUUCUGGGCUUCGGGUGAAAUUCAGCCCUUCAAUAAUAUACCCAUCGAACCGCGCUCUGUGGACUUUGAGGCCGAGGAGCGCAAGCCCCAUCCAUUCUCCGAUCAUCAGACAAAGUCUGCUCAGCAUAGCUCUUAAGGCUCCAAGCCCUCUAUUGUGCCAUAAACUUAUAUAUAUAUAUAUGUGUAUAUGUAUGUCUCCAUGUAUUCAACUUGGAAUUUUCUGUUUGUCUAGUUAUUGAUUAGUCAAGAGAAAAGAAAUGUUAGACAUUGUUAUGUGUAUAUUUUAUACCUAUUACCUUAAUAUUGCAUUGCUAGUUUUAUAGUAUCGCCGAUCUAGGCCGAUCCAAAAAAAAGAUGAAAACAAAUAACCAGAACCGUACAGGCACUACACUAUGUGGCAUUAACUACUACUUAAGCGAAUUUACUUACACAUACACACACCCACACACAUACUAAUUAUUUAAAUAAGCAACUCUACUCUCUUUAAUUAAUUAUCUAUUAUUUAGUAUUUUAAAAGCGAAACACCUACAAAAAAUACUUAAGGCAUUUCUUCAUUUUGCAUUCUUAGUACUUAAGUCAGUGUUGUAAAGCGCUAGAAAAGAUAUAGUACUUAGUUCGAAAACAAAAAAACAAUUAUUGUAGAAAUUUAAACUUUUUUUUAAUAUUGUUGAUCAAUGUGUAAACUAUGUAAACAAAAUUUGCGUGUUACUGUUUUUUAUCAAAUAAUGUUAGUCAAAUAAAGUGCAUACCGAAAAAAUUUAUAA